AUGCCAAAACAUUCGGACAAGGGUUCAAAACGUCAAUCCAAAGCCUCCAAGAAAGACAAUCGAGGAGUGAAGAAAUUGCAAAACAAACUCUCAACCAAUACUAAUUUUUCAAUUACAGCAGAGGUUGCAGCCAAGUUAAUUUCUGAAAAGCAACAAGCAUCGGAGGGUUCAAAUAAUUCGGCAACAACAACAGCCACUAGUAAUACUGCACAAUCAUCAUCGGAAGCAACAACACCAAUGGAAAUUACUAAAAUUGAACCAACAAAUAAGAAUAAGAAGAAAUCAAAGAAGAAAUAA